AUGUCGGAGCCAGAAGCCGGCGCCAACGCCUCCCCUUGCGUCGUGGCUUCCCGGCGGAGUGCGGGGGCAUCCCGCGCCGCGGACAGGAGGCCGUCGGAGGAGGCGCCGCCGCGCAGGGGUCGUCAGGGCGGCCGUGGCGGUCGGCGGAGGAGCCCCUCGGGCCCUCCGCAGUCCGAGGCCGCGGGUCCCGGGGAACCGCCGCUCAGCUUUGAGCUCAAGAGCGAUUGCGUGGGCGCCGUGAUUGGUCGAGGUGGGUCAAAAAUACGAGAUAUUCAGAGUACAACAAACACCAAAAUUCAGAUAACGAAAGGAUAUCCUGGAGCUGAAGUCAAAAUUUUUGGUAGCAAGGCAAUGCAGUCAAAAGCAAAAGCAAUAAUAGAUAAUCUUGUUAAAAAACAAGAGAUUUAUCAUUCAGAAUCAACAGAUGCAGAUCUUGCAUCACAACCUCCUGUUGGAAAAGACAUGAGGACAGAUGAGGGCACUAUGAUAGACUGGGAUCAAAUUCGAGAAGAUGCUUUGAAAUGGGAAAAAAAAAAGUGGGCAGAUUUACCUCCCAUUAAGAAAAACUUUUACACAGAGUCAAAAACCACACAUUCAAUGUCACAAGUACAAAUAGAUGACUGGAGGAAGGAAAAUUAUAAUAUAAUGUGUGAUGACUUAAAAGAUGGUGAGAAACGUCCUAUCCCCAAUCCUACCUGUAAAUUCGAGGAUGCCUUUGAAUGUUAUCCUGAAGUUAUGGAAAACAUUAAAAAGGCAGGGUUUCAAAAGCCAACACCAAUUCAGUCUCAGGCAUGGCCAAUAGUUCUGCAAGGAAUAGAUCUUAUAGGAGUUGCCCAAACCGGAACAGGAAAGACAUUGUCUUACUUAAUGCCUGGAUUUAUUCACUUGGACUCUCAACCAAUACCUAGAGAUAAGAGGAAUGGACCUGGUAUGUUAGUCCUUACACCCACUAGAGAACUAGCUCUUCAAGUUGAAGCUGAGUGUUCCAAGUAUAUAUAUAAAGGUCUUAAAAGUGUUUGUGUAUAUGGAGGUGGAGAUAGGUAUGGACAAAUACAGGACCUGACAAAAGGUGUAGAUAUUAUUAUUGCAACUCCUGGGAGAUUGAAUGAUCUUCAAAUGAAUAAUUUUGUCAACCUGAAAAGCGUGACCUACUUGGUUUUAGAUGAAGCUGACAAGAUGUUGGAUAUGGGAUUUGAACCUCAGAUAAUGAAGAUUUUAUUGGAUGUGCGCCCAGAUAGGCAGACUAUUAUGACAAGUGCAACCUGGCCACAUGCUGUCCGUAGACUUGCACAAUCUUAUUUAAAAGAACCAAUGAUUGUAUAUGUUGGAACUUUGGAUCUAGUAGCUGUAAAUACCGUGGAACAGAAUAUAAUUGUCACAACAGAAGAAGAGAAACGAUCUCUUAUCCAAACUUUCUUAGAGAGCAUGUCUCCCAAAGAUAAAGUCAUAGUGUUUGUCAGCAGAAAAGCAGUGGCUGAUCACUUGUCAAGUGACCUGGUUCUCCGACAAAUAUCAGUAGAAUCUCUUCACGGAAACAGAGAACAGAGUGAUCGAGAGAGAGCAUUAGAAAACUUUAAAACAGGUAAAGUAAGAAUACUGAUAGCAACUGACUUAGCAUCUCGGGGUCUUGAUGUCCAUGAUGUCACACACGUCUACAAUUAUGAUUUUCCACGAAAUAUUGAAGAAUAUGUACACAGAGUGGGACGCACUGGAAGGGCUGGGAGAACUGGAGUGUCAAUUACAUUGAUCACUAGAAAUGACUGGAGGGUUGCCAGUGAAUUAAUUAAUAUUCUGGAAAGAGCAAACCAGAUUAUUCCAGAGGAUCUUGUGUCUAUGGCUGAGAGAUUUAAGGCCAACAAGAUGAAAAGGGAAAUGGAAAAAAAAUUGGGACGACCCGAAGGAAAACCCAAGAAAUUUUAUUAUUAA